AUGAGAUUAAAUUCUUUUAUUAGUGUGAAAUUUAAUUAUUUUCCUAUAUUUUCUAAUCUGAAACUUAUAUUCUUUAAACUGGAAUAUAUACUUCUUUUAUUAAUUUUGAGUAUUCUUUUCUUUUUUCAAUAAAAUCAAGUUUUUUUUCUUUUUCUUUUAUUUCUCUUUCUUUUCUAUCUUUUUCUUCUUGUAAAACUCUUUACAUAAAUUUAGAUUUAUCUUUAUUAUUUGAUAAUAACAUUUCGUUUAUAUUUUCUUACAUAUUAGGUUUAUAAAGUUUUCUUUUUAAAGCUAAUUAUUUCUUCUUUUUCUCUAAUUCUGGCAUUUCUGUAUCUAAAACUUUCUAGUUUACAACAAUAUCUUCGCGUAGUUUAAUUUCCUUUAUAAUUUCAUUCGCUUUGGUGUUCAAUAGUUUCCUUUCUUCACUCUAAAUCCUUAUUUUUUCUAAAUUUUGGAGUAUUUUUAUACGCUUUUCUUCUUAAAGCUUCUAUUUUAGGCUUUAUUAUCUUUCAGCUGUUUCUUUUAUUUCCUCUACGAAGUUUUUUUCGAUAAUUUCUUAAUCUUUUUUUUAUUUAAUUUUCUUUUCUUUUCUAAGUUUAUUCAUUUUUUUAACCAAAUUUAAAGCUUUUUCCCUUGCUUCUGUAUUAUCGAUAAUUUCUAUAUUUUUUUUAUUGA